GUCAGGGAGCUUGAUAUUUAUGGCGCUGCGGGACUUUUAAACGGCGAUCUGGGACUGCUCUGUUAAGAAAAAGGGGGUCUGUCCCGGGAGAAGCGGGACUGUUGGGAGCUGGCCAUGCCUACCAGGGGCAUAAAAAGAAAGCUUUCUGAAUGGGAGGAUAUUGGCAUGGAUGGAUUCUUGGCAUUUCGUCCAGACUCCUAUCCUUUUGUUCGACAGUCCUUGCUAAACCUGUCACUGGAGAAGUUCAACAAGGGUCGUAUGAUGGUGGAGCCAAGUCUCAGACGCUAUGUCCUUAUUGCUAACACUCUUCAUAUUAUCCAAGAUGAGAUCAGAAGGGAGAAUAUCUGCUCUUCUCCUGUUGCAGAGGCAGGAGUUAAUGGUGCAUAUGACCAAUCUCUUGGAGAUGUAGUAGGGGUAAAUGUAACAAUGGAAAAUCGCUUCCCACUCCUAGCUGAAGAACUUGAUAACAUUUUACCAACUAUGGAGGAUGACUUCUCUGUGUCUGCAGCCAUUGCUAACAUUCUGAAAGAGCUGGAGAAUGUGCUGGAUGAAGGUUGUCCCCAAAAUCUCCAGCGUUUGUCACUCAGUCAGAACUUAGAGUCAAAAAUGGCAUUUGGAAACAGUAUAUGCCCCCCAAACCCCCAAAAUGCACAGCAUCAAAGCAGCUCCAUUGAAACUGUGAAGGAAGUGGUAGAGAGGGAGGCAAUGUUUCGUUCUAGCUCAGGUUGCAAAGAAGAGAAUAAAGAAAUAGAGUUGAUAACAGAACUGGUGUUGUCCGCAGCUUGUUCUGAAACUCUUCCAGAACUCCCCGUAGCUAUGGACACAUCACUGUUAGAGACAGUGUCUUCCAAAGACUUAUCGAAUUGUUCUCUGGGUGAGGCCCCUGUUCCCAUGGACACCUCAGCUCCCAAAGACAUGCCAACUGAUUCUGAAAAUAUGCAGCAGAAUUCCUCUGAAACACCUUUGCAGUGUUUAAAACCCAAGGAAUCUGUUUUCGGAAGCUUUGAAAUUAUGAGUUCAAGCUACCUCAAUGAUGUCUCUUUUGAUGACCCUUUUUCAGAUAUAGACACCUCGGUUUUUGAAAAAGAGAUCCCUGCCAUAGUUGGCUCCAGUAGCCGUCUCUCAGCUUCAGAAGACUGCUGGUUUCCAUCUGCCUGUAAUAAUCCAUCUUUCAACUCCAACCAAGGUAUCAGAGACUGCAAUGACCUUGACAACAUCAUUGAGAUCCUUGUAGGGUCCUGACAUCUUAUUGGCCUUAUUUCUCCACUCCAACCCUCAGCAUUAAGACACUGUGAAUUGUUUCUGUACCUCUUCUAAAAUCAAGCUAGCAAUUGGUUUGCUGAGGAGGAGGAUUCUAAGCAAUAGCAAAUUUGCACAUAGACUAAUAUCCCUUACUGGUGAACUUCUGAGUAGAGUAGUGCCUCCUGCCAGUGAAAGGUGGUGUUCAUGUUUACAAGAGCAAUGGAUUGCUUCUAUACUUAUAGUGGCUCAAGGUUGCUGAUUUAUGGCUAGCCAUCACCUCCUUUUUAUGUUUUAUUUUAAUGUCAUUCUUUAUUAGGGAGGUAUUGCUGUUAAGCUCUGGGCUAUUCCACAUUGUCUUCUAUGAAGAUAUUACUUUUAAUUAUUUAUUUUGGUAUCUGUCUUUUUAUAUCAGUAUCUUUUAAAACUGUUUUUCUGAACAUGGCUUUUCUGGAAGGUACAGCUUCCAUUCCUCACUAUGCACCAUAUUUCCAUAUAUACAGCUUGCAAGAGUUUUUAUUUAUAUCUUUAUGCCAUUAUUUAUUUUUGUACAGUUGGGAUUUUUUUUUACGUGUCAGGUCUACUGAAUUUUUAUUUUAUUAUAUCUGUGUUUACCUCUUUAAUGUCUUGCCUUCAGUAGGGACUUGCUGUUAAGUAAAGCCAUGAGUUUAUCUUAAUUAUUUUCAACUGGAAUCUGCUGUUAAACCUUAUGGGUAUUAGGUAUCCUAUUCUUUGGGUACCAUUUCUAACUAUUUUGUGACCAUUUUAUAUCUGCCAAAAAUACAAAGCAAAAACACAUUGUUUUAAUUCUGCCUGAAAUCUUUUUUUGGUAGUGAUAGUAGUGUUAUUUUUCAAAGAUGGAAAUGACAUCAAAGUUUCUAUUCCAGACAGAAGCUUGCUCAAAACUUGAGUUUGCAGCCCCUUGUUCAGGAUAUUAUAAGUUAUCACUAGAGCUGUACCUCUUGUCAGCAAGAUCUUUUCAGUCAGCACUUUGGCCAGAUUCACAUCAACUGGGGGGAUCUAUAUAUGAUUGUCAUUAUGCGCCAAAUCUAAUGGUUUAAUUUAUUUUCAUAAACGGGUUAUACAGUUGCAGGGAAUUAGGUACACAAAGUGCUGAUUUGAAAGAUUGUGUAGUGGCAGGGGUCUCUGUGGCUCUAAUUGUAGCUGUAUUUAGUGGCAUCAUAGUCUUUCCAUAUUCAUGCAUACAAUGAGGUAUGGUAAUAUGUCAUUUGUGCACCGGGUCUUAGUACUGUCACACAGCCUCUUCAGUGUUUUUCUUAUGUGCAUUCUGUUAGUAGCCUCUUUGGAACACAUUUCUAACUGAGGCUGAAUCCAUAGUGGAUAUAAGUCUUUAAGGGCAAUGGCACACAGUGAUUUCAGGUGUUCUGCCUGCCACAUGUAUUGUAUACAAACACUAAAUAUGGGAAGCCUGAAAUCACCCUCCAUUGCCCCAUAUGAGGAUCACCUAAAGCAGUGUAUGUCUUAAGACAAGAAUCACGUGAUAAAUGUUUUAAGUGAUCCUCAGAGGCAAUUCUUGGCAUUAUCACUCUGCAUGUUUAGGCUAAUGUAUAAAAAUGCCCUGUGUGGCAUUGCCCUGAAAGUGUUAGACUCAUAAUAAAAUCUACUUUAUAUAUUAUAUAUAAGAACUGUGGAUUUUGCAAUGUGCAUGAAAUGUAAAGCUCAAAUGAAAUACCUCAAGAAGCAACGGUUUCUAAUCUCUUGUGGAAGAUAAAGCCAUGUUAAAUCUUUUAAACUGCUUGGAACCCACAGCACUGCAGUCUUUUUGAGACCUCUGUGGCUCUCCCAAGUCAUAUUCUUUUCUUUUGCAACAUUAAAAAAACAGAAGGGUUGGGUCAAAAUGACUUUAAAAAAAGGGAAGAAGAUCCCUUAUGUUUCUCGAUCCAUACUAAUCAUUCCAUACGUGGAAGUAGUUUAAGUUCCUUUCAGUAUUACUUCUGUAUGUAUUAUAUAAUAUUCUGUGAUCCUAUAAAUAAAGGUGGGAAGAGAGAUACUGAAGCUGUAGAGUAUACCAGUGGUUUGUAAGCAAUACGAAGGUGACAGCAAAGGUUCCAUAAAAAAAUUCCCACAUCUUUAGAUACAAAUUACCUCAAGUACAACACAAGAAUAUUGUCCUGUAUUUAGUUUAUCAUUUGGAAUGAGGCUUUAAAGAGGAGUUGCAUCCUGUUUCAAUUUGCACAUUUUAUAGGGAAAUGUAUUUAAUUUCAAUGUGUGUCUUGUUUUUUGUUUUAUGCAAUGUGUACAGAUGGGUGAGUAUUUUGUUAUGUAUUUUUGCUAACUUAACAAAAUAAAAGGUAAAAAAACCCA